GCAUCAAGAAGGCAGUGUGUGAGCAAAUAUCAAUCUUCCUUCCUUCCAUCUUCAGAGUCACAGAGACACAGAGGUUGAAGCAAGCAGGUGAAUAACGAUGAACAGCAACCUACUUGGAUUCCAGACCACAAACCCUCCUUCUCUCUUUCCUUUCACCACUCAAUCCCUUUUAUUCACUUCCCCUAAAUCCUCUUUCUUAUCCUUCAAAUCCCUAAAACCCCCAACCACCAAUUUCAAGAUUUUAUGUGGCAAUCCGGGUAUGGCCGCACAACUUGUGGAGGAACAAGAAGUUGAAAUUGCUGAAGGCUAUACGAUGACUAAAUUUUGUGAUAAAUUGAUUGAUGUGUUCUUGACUGAGAAUUCCAAGCCUAAACACUGGAUGAGAUACUUGAUUUUUAGAGAAGAUUGGAAUAAAUAUAGAGAUGGCUUCUAUAGUCGCUGUAAACUGCGGGCUGAUGGUGAAAAUGAUCUCACAUUGAAGCAGAGUUUAAUUACAUUGGCAACAGAAGUGAAAAGGGUUGAUGAUGAAAUGGAAAGACAUUCUGAACUUCUUAAGCAGAUAGAAGAUAGCCCUAUGGAUAUAAAUGCCAUCGUUACAAAGCGGCGUAAGGACUUUACAGGGGAAUUUUUUCGCUAUUUAGCCGUGGUUCAAGAAUCACACGAUAGCUUGGAAGAUCGUGAUGCCGUUGCACGGCUUGGAGCUAGAUGCCUGUCUGCAGUCAGUGCUUAUGACAACACACUGGAAACCAUGGAGACAUUGGACACUGCACAAGCCAAAUUUGAUGAUAUCCUAAACUCGCCUUCAAUAGAAGCAGCGUGUGCCAAGAUUAAAAGCCUUGCCAAGACAAAAGAACUCGACUCCUCUUUAAUCCUAUUGAUAAAUAGUGCUUGGGCUUCCGCAAAAGAAUCCUCUACCAUGAAAAAUGAGGUGAAAGCGAUAAUGUAUCAACUAUAUAAAGCUACAAAGAGUAGUCUAAAGAGCAUAGCACCGAAAGAAAUAAAACUACUCAAGUAUCUGCUAAACUUCACAGAUCCAGAAGACCGUUUCUCAGCUUUGGCAACGGCGUUCUCCCCUGGUAAAGACAGUGAGGCCAAGGAUCCUAAUGCAAUAUACACAACUCCUGAGGAGCUGCACAAGUGGAUUACGUUCAUGCUGGAUGCCUACCAACUUCAUAAAGAAGAAACCGAUAUCAUGGAAGCCAAGGAGAUGAACCUACCGAUGGUUAUCCAAAGACUUUCGAUUCUCAAGGAAACCAUUGAAGAAGAAUAUAUGGAAAAGGAAACCCCUGAAGCCAAUAAAGACACCAAUGCAGAAGAAGUUUAAGGUAUAUUGUUCCUUAAUCACAUGUGAUUAUUGGUUACUAUUCAUUAGAAUUGUACUAUAUUUUAGAAAUUGAAGCCAAGCUCAAACCAAUCAGAAAUUGAAGUUUAAGGUAUAUUGUUCCCGGUA